CUCGUAUUCGUUUUCGAUUUCAAUUGCGGGUUUUGCGUUCUCGUGGAUACAUUCUGAAACUCCCGAAGAAGACGUAAAGGAAGAGGAGAAGUGGCAUCAGAAGCAGAGUCCAAUGUUUGGAUCUAGAUUUUCCAUUUUCGGAAGCGGUGCUGCUUCUGCUGCUGAUAAGGUUGAGAAGUCGGCGAAGAGCGAUGUUUUUCCUGGCCUGAAACUUCGCUCCGAUAAAGAUGUAUAUUGGCCUGGCGAUCCGGUUGUUGUUACCAUUGAAAUUUCCUCCUCUGUCCCUCCAUAUGACUGCUCUCUUUUCAUCGAGCGCCUUCGUUUUGAGAUUAUUGGCCUCCAGAAGUUGGACGCUCAGUGGUUUAGCACUCAGAAGCCAAUCCCUGGAUCCAAACAACGGAGAGGUGAACGCAUUUUCAUGGACUGCUCGGUACAAUCAAUAGUUUCAAAUCAGAUAAUAUCUUCGGGGGCCACUAAGUCAUAUGUGGUUCGAACAACACUUCCUAGCCGCAUACCACCAUCUUACAAGGGUGCCACUAUUCGUUAUAUGUAUUAUGUUAAAAGUACAUUACUAGGACGAUGGCUAAUACAGGAAAAUGGUCGAUCCCGUAAAGAGUCGCUGAAGGAUCAAAUAGAAAUGGAAGCUCGGGUUCCAUUACAAGUGUGGGUCACUCAGAAAAUCAGUGGCAUGCUAAUGGAAGAAGGUCAAAAUGAUGCCUUUCAAAUGGAUGUAUUUUGGAAAGAGAUGGAAGGUGACACUGAUUGGGUCAGAGCAAAUGAUAUAUAUGAUGGCAUUGAUGAAGGAUACGAAAGCUCAAGGGAUGAGAUCUCUUCUGUCUCAUCAUACAACCCAAUGAGAGAACCUUUUCAUAGAACCUUUGGAAGUUCACUGUCGUUUCAAUCAUCUGCUGCAAAAUCUGGAAGAUUUUCAAUGAAGGAUUCUCCUUUUACUGAAGGAGAGCGAUUAAGUUUAUCUUCUAAUGUUGCACAUCCUGGUCUCUCUGUUGCUGAGGUCCUAUAUGAUUCCGCCGAUGGCACAUCGCCUCAGAAGUCAUCUGCAGUUGGAAGCCAGGCGUUGAACUUCGAGAAGAAUCAGUCAAAAGAUGAUGAUGCUGGAGUACCAUCUUCGCCAAGGCCGAAAACUAAUGAACCUGUAGCAUCAGAAGGCUUUAUUCGAGGAAGAUCUUACAAUAUCAGGGUAGAUGACCAAGUUUUGCUUAGAUUUUGCCCAAAAAAUUCUGAUUCAACCUAUUAUUUUAGUGAUAUGAUAGGUGGAACUCUUACCUUUUUCCAUGAAGAAGGAGCAAGGAGAUGCCUUGAGGUUUCAAUAGCUUUGGAGACUUCAGAGACUGUAUCACGCCGUUUCGUCCAUCCGUCCCGGAGGAACUCUCCAACAAUUGUGAAGGUUCAAAGUGAUCAUUAUGAGGUUGUUGCUGAUUUAAUUCAGACAAGCUUUCUUUUCUCAAUUCCCAUGGAUGGGCCAAUGUCCUUUUCCACUCCACAUGUAUCUUUGCAGUGGGCACUUCGCUUUGAAUUUUUUACCACCCCAAAGAAUGUGGAUUGGACCAGAUAUGAGCAUCCUCUCAUGAUAGAAGGAAGAGAGAAAAGUGAAUGGAUUCUUCCAAUCAAUGUGCAUGCUCCUCCAUCUAGCUCUGCAGCUGCUCAGAACAGAAAUGAGAGGUCUUUCUCUUUGGAUCCCUUAUGGAUGCACAGCUGAGGUGCUUAUGUUAAAUGAAGUGCUUGUAGAAUUCUCCAGCAAUUUUAGCAUCACCUCGACGUCUCGCUGCCAGGAAGUUUUCUGAAGAAACUAACAUCUAGCAAAUGCAGAUGUCGAACUGAAUCGCCCGAAGAAGAUGAUGGCGAUGAGCGUAUAGGCCAUUGACGUUGCAGGUUGACUAUGAUAUGUUGCAAUUUAUCGCCAGAUGGUUCAGAGUAUUUUUCCUUCAAUUGUGCUAUACAUGUAAAGCAAUAUUAUUUUGUGCUUGAAAUUAUUGUUCAUGAUCUUUCCUGAAAGCUUCCAAUUUCAAGACAACUAAAUAAAUUAACAUUUUUUUAUAAUAUUAGUAAAUGACCUAAAUGGCCUAUAUUUUGCAA